UGAAUGUCAGUUUGUCGCCAUACGCUUUUCAGUUUCCUUUUUGCGCCAACAUUCCUGACCAACAGCUGUUAUACUUCGUUGCUACUCCCUUCAUUCGUAACAACGUACGUGUGUCGUUUUGCUUCUUCCCUCAUUCGUAACAAGCGCGCUUUGGGCUAAUUCCAUUUCAACCAAAGAUAUUACAUCACACAAACAUUCAAUAUUGGUGCACUGUUGGUGACAUCGCUACAGUCGAAUCUCUGAUAAGACGUACCUCGAAACACAUUGCAGCACUAACUACUAUGUUGGCUUUUAUAAAACGUAAAUUGUCUGAAUCGGAUUCCACAGCGAAUUCGAACGCCGGCACAACAGAUCAACAGUUGGCCCGUAGAACAUCACAAAUGUCUUUGAAUUCAAAUGAGGCCGUUGACAUGGGUGAAGAUGCCCUGUUAAAGGAACUGGGCUAUAAAAAUGCCACUGAUUUACAGGAGACAGUUUAUGAUUGCUUGAGGACAAUAAGAGACCCGGAAAAGCCUUCAACAUUGGAAGAUUUAAAUGUAAUCUAUGAGGAUGGUAUAUUUGUAAUGCCACCCACCAAAUCAAAUGUCUCAGUGGUGCGCAUUGAAUUUAAUCCCACAGUUCCUCAUUGUUCAUUGGCCACAUUAAUAGGUUUGUGUAUACGCGUCAAGGUGGAGCGAAGUCUGCCGCACAACAUCAAAUUGGAUAUUUUUAUUAAAAAGGGCACCCACAAUACAGAAGAAGAAAUUAACAAACAAAUCAAUGACAAGGAAAGAAUUGCAGCGGCAAUGGAAAAUCCAAAUCUGCGGGAAUUAGUGGAGAAUUGCAUAAAGGAUGAAGAGUGAUACUGGAAAACAAAAUUCUAAAUAUCUUAAAACUAAAUUUAGUGUAGAAUAUUAAAUGUGUUAUAGCGACACGUUGAGACGUGCCUAAAGGGAUAGUCCAAGUUUUUUUUUGGUUUGUGUGUGCAGUUCGCCGAGCACCAUAAUCAUAUUUGGUUCAUAUAUUUUUAUCUUAUUUUUUUUUUUUUGUAAAAAUAAUUGAUAUGGUUUGGUUUUUAUUAAGAUUAAUCGUAUGUUUAUAAGUAAUGUCGUAUCAAAAUAGACAACAGAAAAAAUAAUAACAAUGUCGUGUGCACACCAAUUGACUGGCCAGUAGUAGUAAGUGGCACCAAUAACUAAUGUGUAUGCCUAGUAGAAUCAAAUCAAUAUGGCGCUCAUUGGCGUGCAUCACCUGUAAUUUCUGAAUGAAGUUCUGUUAUCAACAGACUAGAAUGGGGUACUAUUUGCGGAUAAUUUGUUGAUAAGAGUAUCAAUGGAAUAAAGACAACAACAGCAAUAUUUUUUACCAUUUGAAAAUACAUA